AUGGUCUUUCUACAUGAUAACCCUUUCAGUUCUUCAGAUCUGAAUUCACCCUCCAAGCCUAAUUACAAACGUCGUCGUUACUGGAAAAUACUGUCUCGUAUUUCUCUUGUCACUGCUUUAUUAUCAGCAUGUUACUUUAUAGGACGCAGUGUGCAUUGGGACACUCUAUCUCAAAACUAUAGCUUCAACAAAGAUGUUGAUCUCGCACGAUACUUGUGUAACCUGCCUCAAGUGUCAGAUCAAUCGUUGGAAAAGGACCCUUCUUAUUUGUUACUCGAACAUCAACGUGCUGAACAUCUUAAUCAAAAAGAGUCUCCACAACCCGAUGUAACCAUUCCAGACAGUGUUUGGCGAGAUUUGCCUGUGAAGGGAGCAUAUUACAUGGUUGUACGAAACGAGAAAUUAACAGAAGCGCGUAGUGUGAUUAAGAGCAUGGAGGACCAUAUGAAGAACGGCACUCGUUAUCCUUGGGUCUUGUUAAACAAUCAACCAUUUACAGCUGAAUUCCAGAAAUACAUUAGAAAAGUAGUGACAGCACCAGUCUUUUUUGGUAAAAUUGAUUUAGAGACCUGGGACUAUCCUUACUGGAUUGAUGUCGACAGAGCUGAAUUUAUGAUGAUGGGGCAAGAAUUGAACAAUGUUCAUAAGGGCUCUAGCCUAUCUUAUCAUCAAUUGCUAAGAUACCAUGCUGGCUUCUUCUUCCAUCACCCGUUGCUUAGAGAUGUUGAAUAUACAUGGCGUGUAGAGCCUGGUGCUGAUUACAGCUGUCAAAUGGACCAAGAUAUGUUUUUAUUGAUGAAGGAACAAAACAAAACCUUAGGUUUUGUUAUCACCAUGCAUGAAAUGCCGGAAUCCAUUCCUACGCUCUGGAAAAGAGUCAAUGAAUUUGUGGAGCGGUUUUCUGAUUAUAUUUUACCAGAGCAUGAGACGAUUUAUCCAUGGAUCUAUGAUGAAGAUGCCAAUGAUUAUAAUACAUGUCAUUUCUGGACUAACUUCCAGUUAGCCAACCUGUCUUUCUUUCGAUCAGAAGCGUAUCAACAAUACUUUGCUUAUCUAGACAGAACAGGCAAUUUCUUUUAUGAGAGGUAA